AUGGCCGACCAACAAGCCACCAGCGCAGUCAACAAUGCAGCCGGCAAUGUUUCCGACCAGGCCAAUACGGCUGGUGACCAGGCCAAGGGCGGACUUGGAUUCGUGACCAGCACGCUUGGCAACACGGUUGGUGGCGUCACGCGAACAGUUGGGGGCGUCACGGGCGCCGCGACCAAGGGAGUGGGAGACACGGUCAACAGCGUGGGCGGCGACACACUCAGACCUGUAGGCGAUGGGGUUUCUUCUCUCGGAGGCGGUCUUGCGGGUGGGAUCAACAGUGUCGCGGGGGGGGUUGAGGAUGCCGGUAACUUGAACAAGAAGCAGUGA